UUUUCACUAUUAAGUAUCGACAUAAUCAUAUGUGAGUAAAUACAACCAACUACUAUCUUGUUAUUAAAAUGAAGCCACGUGUGAUCUUAGAUUAGUUUAUUAUAGGAGUAUUGUGAGAUGGGGCCUAAUAGUAGAUUAAAAAAAAUAAAACAUGAGGUAACUAAAAUCCACAAUUUAAUAGGACAUACUGCACAGUAUAAUCGACAGAUUGUAUCUAUAAUGUGAUAUUGUGUAACAUGAGUUUUGGGGCAGGGCGGACGUGUCUUUUUGCUGUGUAAAGCCCGUUUCAAGAGCUGUGAGGGAGGCUGAGCGGAGCUCCGCCACUUGACUAUAUAGACUGAAGAGUGUUUCUGUAACACAAAGGCAGAGGGUGUUUGCAAAGCACGGCGGGGCAGCUAAACGUUUGAAGACGCCAAGCAAAAAGGUCAAAAUGUUUAUAUUAUUUUUGAAAAGGGAGGUGCUGAGAUCUCCUUUCCGCCUGAUUGGCCGAACUUGACAGUGAUUGACGUGCAUCCAUGGCAACCGGGCAGCCAAUCUGCCAAGUCCAAUAGGAAAUCAUCGGAGGGGGCUUGACUGUCUUUUUCUCCCCCCUUAAAAAAUCCAUCUCGGCUCCGGCUUUAAUUCUUUCGUACUUUGAAUCCCAGCCUACCUUGAAAAACCCACCGCGGCUCCUCGCACCUUCAGCCCUUUGCCUGCCAACUUUGCCCAGCCGGAGGAUGCGGUAGCCGGCCCCCACGCAGCAUCGGUCCUCCUCCGCGGCGUUUGGUGUUUGCGUUUUUUCACGGCUGGUCAGGCGAUUGGUGCGGUAACUUUGGGAUUGCCUUGUUUUUUUUGGGUGUCUCGGACUGCCUCGGCGCGCGGCAAGCAGAAGCAGGAGGACCCGACGCGGAGGAGAGAGAGAGAGAGAGAGAGGAGAAAGGAGGGGGAGAGGGAAACACGGGAGAAGCCUCCAUGUUUCAGCUGCCCAUCUUGAAUUUCAGCCCCCAGCAGGUCGCCGGGGUCUGCGAGACUCUGGAGGAAAGCGGGGACGUCGAGCGCCUCGGCCGCUUCCUCUGGUCGCUGCCCGUCGCGCCAGCAGCCUGCGAGGUCCUCAACAAAAACGAGUCGGUGCUGAGGGCCCGGGCCGUCGUCGCCUUCCACACCGGCAAUUUCCGUGAACUCUACCACAUCCUGGAGAACCACAAGUUCACCAAAGAGUCGCACACGAAGCUGCAGGCGCUGUGGCUCGAAGCGCACUACCAGGAGGCGGAGAAGCUGCGGGGACGCCCGCUGGGGCCGGUGGACAAAUACAGGGUGCGGAAGAAGUUCCCCCUACCCAGAACCAUAUGGGACGGAGAGCAGAAAACCCACUGCUUCAAGGAGAGAACCCGGCACUUGUUAAGAGAAUGGUAUUUGCAGGAUCCCUACCCGAAUCCCAGUAAAAAGAGGGAGCUUGCACAGGCUACAGGACUUACACCCACACAAGUGGGAAACUGGUUCAAAAACCGCAGACAAAGAGACAGAGCAGCGGCUGCCAAGAACAGGCUCCAGCAGCAGGUCCUGUCCGGCGGCUCGGUCCGCUCCCUGGCGGACGAGGACGGCACCGUGGACCGCCUGGGGAACUCGUCCAGUCCGGAGGCCAGUCUGUCCAGCAAAGCAGCCGCCUCGGCCAUCUCCAUCACCUCCAGCGACAGUGAAUGUGACAUCUGACGGGCGGAUCGGCGGUGCUGACGAGUGAAAGACAAUCCAAUAAAACAAGUCAUAGUGCCUGCGUUGAGUUAAACACACACACACACAUAAACUGAUAUCUGACGGGUGCCAAAACAUGAGGGGAUCUGUGAUCUGCGGCGGACUGCCCGUCCUGUUCCUGUUAGGCCUACAUUUUUUUUUCUUUGCGUUUUACCCACGUGUGGAUAACUGAACUUAAUAUGGACGAAACAUAUUUGACGGACUAAUAAACAACGCCCCCGAGAUGAUGAAGUAAAAAAGAAGAAAAAAUAAAAAAACAAAACAUAAAAAGGGAUGAAGGCAUCCGAGCGCCUAACCUGCUGUUCUCUGUGGGUAUUUCAUGUUGAAAAAGAACUGUGAUAUUUUUACUUUAAAGUUUUAUAAAUAAUGUUUAUUUGCCUAUUUAAAAAAACAACGAUCUGCUCUGUCUCUUGGAAUUUCAUAUUCAUUUGCUUGGUGUUUUUAAUACUUACCUUGUACACAGGUGAACCUGUUGAGCAUGCGCGCUUUAGUGAAAAUGUGUUUCAGUAAAAGAAAAAAAAAGUAAAGAUAACUUAAUAAAAUAAUUGUGGAUCAAGAGAGUA